AUGGUGACACCUGGGGGAGGAGUAGUCACCAGCAUCAAAACGAUAACAAGUGUUACCUAUUUGUCACCCCCAGCAUCGACCACGGUGGUCUACGUGACAGCAAAGGCGCGGCGCGAUGAAGCUUCGGCAGUUACAAAUAGUUCGACCCCGACCGCUACAGCCAUGGCGACAGCAGCUCCCCUCAACCGGCGUAAAAACGGCAUGCCAAAGCUCAAAACCCUCCCACCCCCCGGCGACCUCUAUCUCUGCCCUGACGCCUUUUUUGCAGGUGAUUGCCAAUACAUUCACAGCACCACAUUCAAGUGCCACAACAUGCCCCCUGAGCUGGUAAGAAAGACAUCCUCGAUACAGCCAGACGCAAAUCAAUCCUGCAACUUGUAUAGCGAUUGGAAUUGCCAGGAAACCAAUAAGCCCGUCAUUUACAAUCAAAGGUCGGAAAGUAUUAGCAACCUGGCUUUCUACGGGUUGGACAAAGCCAUCCUGAGUUGGAAGUGUUGGGAUGAUGAUGGUACUGGUGUGCAGACCGAGGGAGGCUGUCAUGAAAAUGCAAAUGGGACACCCAAGAACACUUGA